UUUUCUUUGCCGUGGAAGUUCAUACCCACUAGAUGGGGAAGGCAAAGCGUGCUUCCAUAUUUAUCAGGCUCGUUUCAGCAGCUGGGACUGGUUUUUUCUAUGUGAAGCGCAAGAAUCCUCGGCGGAUUACAGAGAAGCUUGAGUUCAGGAAGUAUGAUCCUCGUGUAAACAAGCAUGUUCUAUUUACGGAAGCCAAGAUGAAGUGAGACAGUGCAGCCUUUUUUUUUUCUUGACAUAAGACCUCCACUGUUCAUUUUCGUUGAAGACAAUGCUACCUUUAUUAGUUUGUUCCAGAUUCGAGAGUUUCAUGUGGGCACCAAAUCAGCAUGGAUCUUGCUCUGCCUGCCUGUUUAUUUGUAUUCUAAGUUUGUAACUGAAAUGAGCUGCAAGCCUGCAAAAGUACUGCCCAUCUA